CAACACAUUGGCUAGUGAACCUUCAUCUCUUUCUCUUUCUUGGAUAAGAUCUGUAGAAUGUCUGGUACACUUUGACCCCACUUGAUAAUUUAUUCCUUAAUAGUCUUUUAUCCAAAACUUAUAACCCAUCGUGCACAGGGAAAGGAGAGAAAAGAAAGAAAAGAACAACCCAAUUCUGUUUGAAGAAUUUGAGCACUUGGGUUGUUCUUUGUUCAUAGUUUUCAUUGAUUGUAAUUUGAUUCAUUUUGUUCAGAAAAUUUAAAGACUUGGGUUGGUCUUUGUUUUAUAUGUUACUACAGAAUUACAGAACGUCAUUUCUGCCUGGUUUGGAUUGGUUUCUUUAGAAAAUCAAAAGCUGUGCUUUGUUUUAUUCGAGGGGAAGGGAAUUGGGAAACACCACUCAAAGUAGACCACAAAUUCGAUCGCUUCCCGAUAGCGUAAGCCACGAAGAAGAUUGGGAAUGUGCGAUACUCGAGUUCAAUUGCUGUAGAAGAUAAACAGAAUUUCCUCUAUUUUUUAUGCCGGGAUGAUUCUCACUUGUAUGGACUAUAACAAGUCAUCAACUCAAUCAAGGUGGAAAGGUUUCACCGAGGAGGAGGACUAAAUGCUCUAGAGUUAUGGAGAGAGUUUAUGAAACAUCUAAUGGAAAUGGGCCUACUAGUGAAGGCCAUAUGGUUAUGAGGCACUCCCCUUACCAGCCAUUUUCGAAGAGAUCGUUAUCUUGGCUUGAUUUAAGAGUUUUCUAUGUCAGAGUAAGCAAGUGUGAGACUGAUGAUUCAACUCCCGAGCACCUCACUUUAAACCAUGUCCCAUUGAAUCCUGAUACACUUCUUGAAGUAAAUGGUGUUAGAACUGGCAUCUAUUCUGAUGGCGCAUCCACCCUUCUUAGAAGGGAUCGGCUAGAUAAGAAAUCUGAAGAAGCCACUUUUGUGAGCACAGAUAGCACAAGGCUGACAGGAAGUGUGAAGUUUGAGGUUUUUCAUAAGGAUACUCUUCUGCUAUCUGUGGUUUUAGAGUUGUGUGACAGUAACGGUUAUACUGAAGAGUCAAGAGGAAGUGGCCAGCAAUGGAGCAUGAAUUGUGAAUCAGUCAUAACUGCAGGCACUGGCUUUCUGAAGGCCAAACAAUUUGUUAGCCCAGAUUCAGCUUCUCCCACAGUUGAGGUUUAUGUUGCAGGGUCCUUCUUGGGCAGUCCAAUCAUAUUGACUAGAACUCUGCAGCUUAGUUUACGGAAGAAGCAAAUGAAGAAGGGGAUGCUGGACUCGAUACCGGAGUAUGAGGCAACUGAAGGCCCGAAAGAAGUUACUCCUGUGCAGAUACCAGAUUACUUGAAUUACAAACCAGAAAGUGAGGACCACAACCAUCUGUACUACUCAGGGACAGACUAUUUUGAUGGUGAAGAUGGGGAGCUCACUUGGUUCAAUGCUGGUGUCAGGGUGGGGGUCGGGAUUGGCCUCAGCAUCUGUGUUGGACUUGGGAUAGGAGUAGGUUUGCUGGUUCGUACCUACCAAGGCACAACCCGUAACUUUAGAAGGCGACUACUCUAAUCGACACUUUCGCUUGCUUAUGAUUUUGCUAAAAUAAGUCCUCCCUAUCUCUCAUGGGCUAACUUAGUGGUGUUUCUAACAUAUUUUCUGUGAGCUCAUACUUUGUGAUUAACUGAGAUAAGGCAUAAAUUUCAGCUUUUCUUACCUUUUAAUCCGAAAUAAGUAUAUGUUUUCGUUCUAUGCUACGUACUACCUUAAAUAGGAAACCUACAUUUGAUGUGAUGGGGAUGAGAAUUCAGCCAUUGUUUAGCCUCCUUCAUGUAGCUAGCUCAUCGGCUGUCUGCCUUUUGUUUUGGUGAA